AUGGAGAUGGUCGUCGACGACUCGCUGCUGCUGCUGCCGAGCACGGAGGAGCCGCCGCACGAGGACCUACUGCACACCCAAGCCCACGACGCCUACGACGUCGAGCCUGAGGAGGCCAGCACGACGACCAAGACACGCAAGCGCGAGCGCUUGACGCUCGGGCAGAAGCGGCAGGUUGUGGACCUCGCGUCGAGCCACCAGUUUACGCACCGCGAGCUCGCCGAGAAGUUCCAGGUCGGGCGCACGACGAUCACCAACAUUUGCAAGAACACCGAGCUCAUUCGGAACGAGACGGACUCGGCCGACCUCCUCAAGAAGCGGCGCAAGACGACCAAGUGCACGUACGACCUCAAGAUCCUCGACGAAGCCUUGCACAAGUGGCGCAUGGAGAUCCGCGUGAGUAACCCGGAAAUGAAGCUCACGGGCGCGGCGCUGCAGCAAAAGGCCAUCGAGUUUGCCCAAGCCAUUCUGCACGACGAGUAUGCGCGCCUUCCGGAGAAGAUCCAGCUCGCGCUGAGCAAGUUUGGCGCCUCGAACGGCUGGCUCGACGGGUACCGCACACGCUUUGGCAACUUUAGCUCGCGCUCGACACACGAGCAGGCCGCGAUCAAGCAGGUCGACUACCAAACGCGGCUGCGGGAGCUGCACCGCAGCUUCGACGGCAUCGAGCCCUGCGACAUUUGGACGGGCGGCGAGUUUGCACUUGUCUUCAAGCCGAGCCACGUCAUGGACAAGGGCCGGUGCACGGUCUCGCUAUUCGCGAACGCGGCCGGGGACCUCUUUGAUAUGCAAGUGGUUGGCAUUGAGAAAGGGGGCACCCCCGUCGAGAUGGACGGGCUCGACUUGCGGUCGCGGUACCGCAUUUUGUACGGGUACUCCAAGACUGGUCUCCAGGUCGCGACGACGUCGAUGGCGAUGCUCAAGGCGCUCAACCAGCACGCCAAGCAUCUCAAGCGGACGUUCCACGUCGUGCUCGACAGCGCCGUGCCGCACGUCAAGGCGGCCAUGAUGCUGGACGCGCUCGGCGACCAGCGCACGUUCUUCCUCUACGACCAGCUCCGGAUUUACUUUUUGCCGCCGCACUUGAGUUUGCCCAAGUGCCACCCGCUGCACAUGGGCAUCAUUGCGUGCUUCAAGGCGAAAUUUCGCUACGAAAUGCUCGACACGCUCUACACCAACUACCGCCAUGCGACCGCGCUCGAUGACGCGACCCGCGUCAUCCAGUUCAAGCUCAAGACCGUCUUCCAUUGGCUCGCGGUCGCUUUGCACAGCGUGCCGUCGAGCCUCGUCGUGCAGGCGUGGGUGGCCUCGGGGCUGCUGCCUGCCUCGACCGUCGCCAAGCUCCCGAAGCAGCCGCCGCCGUCGAGUGACGAGCCGUACGUGGCCCAGCUCGAUGCGCUGCUGCGCGAGAUCUCGCUCACGAUGCCGGCGUUUCUGCAGUGGGUGCUUGGCACGGCCACCAUGUCGGGCGCCGACCUUCUCAAGCUCGAGGCCAAAGAAAGCGUCAACGACCCUGGCGUCGACGAAACGCAAAUCAUCCGCAGCGUCUUGCUCAAGCACGACUUUCUCACCGUGCGCCGGGGCACACUCGACGAUGCGCUCGAUGUACUCGACGACGAAGACCCGGCCUUCGAGAUGACGUGCCCCGACCGCGCGGCCGUCCUGGACAGCCUCAAUCUGCUUAAGCGCUACCUGCGGCUCGCGCCCCAAGACCUUCCGACGCGCAUGCCGGCGAUUGCGAUGCUCAAUGACCUCAAGGCGCACCUCGGCGGCGACGAAAUGACCGUAUAA